CACGACACUUGACAAACUGUCAGUUUUAAAUAUUAUAGUCAAAAUUCUAGGUAAUGAUAAUACAAUAUCAAAUUUCUUAGGAUGGUUUGUGGUGGAGGAUGUUGUGGAACAGGUUGUUGUGGCUGUUGUCACGGUUGUGGAGAUCACGGACCAUGUUGUGGGUUUGGUCCCAGAACAACUUGUAUACCUGUAGCCAAAUGUGGUCCUGAUUGUGGACCUGGAUGCGGAAUACGUGCUCCCUGGUGUCCAGCAGGGCGUUUCUGUGGUCAAGGAGUUUGUGCCCUAAAUUGUGGAUCAGGUUGCGGGCCAGGCUGUGGUCCUGGCUGUGGCCCCUUAUGCGGACCUAUGCAUUGUAGAUACAGACCGAGAGUGUAUAUAGCUGGUCCUCAAUUGAUCCAAAAGUAUCCCCUUGCUCCUGCAAUUGGAAAAUCUUGUUGGGCCAGAAUAGGACCGAAGAGAUAUUGCCACACAACUUGUUUGAAGAAAAUUAUAUCACAUAUAGAUUUGCGCGAGCCUCACCGAACUAUUCCUUUCGAUCCUGCCGGACCUUAUUUCUGUUGUAAGUGAGCGUAAUUGUGUUUGUGAUGAAGCAGUCUGUUGUUGGUAUAAAGUGUAAUGUGUUAUCAAAUAAACGUGGAAAUAUUUA